AUAAGCAUCCGUCAAAUACCUGUGGUCAGUUAGCCAUGUAGCUAUAUAAAUAAACCGCCCAAGUCAAGAAGCUAACGGGGUGUUGAUAUAGACCAUAUAGGCUCCGUAUAGACUCCCAUUCACGGAUCUGACCACACAACUAACACAAACAGUAAGAUGCAGGCAGGUGACCCUGUGGUUGGUGCACCGAUGGGAGUAGCUGGUGCUCAGAGCCGAUCAGAGGACGAAGAGUCACUCGGAGUAAAAGAUGUCAAAAGGACAGCUACACAAGCAUUUGGCAGUGGUGUCCCCAAACGCAGAAGUUCCUCGAGGUCAAUAAAGAGGAAGAAGUUUGAUGACGAGCUUGUGGAAAGCAGCCUCGUCAAGUCAUCCAGUAGAGUUAAAGGUCCUCCUGUCAUCGAGCCUGUCCGCUGUUCAGGGAGCGAGCCUUCAUCCAGUGAGAGAAAAAAGGUGGCGAAAUCAGGAACAGCUCUGCCACCGCCACUUACAAUGGUGAUAAACCCUGCACCUAUCACCAAAAGAGUGAAAAAAAGCAAGCAGCCUCUACAUAUUACCAAAGACUUGGGCCGGUGGAAACCUACUGAUGAUCUGCUGCUUAUAAAUGCCGUGUUGCAGACCACAGACCUAACCUCUGUUCAUUUGGGGGUCAAGUUCAGCUGUCGUUUCACAUUGCGGGAAAUUAAAGAGAGGUGGUACGCUCUCCUCUACGAUCCUGUUAUCUCAAAGCUGGCGUGGCAGGCUAUGCGGCAGCUUCACCCAGAAGCCAUUGCAGCAAUCCAAAGCAAAGCUCUCUUCAGCCAGGCUGAGGAGGCACUGCUGGCCAAGAUUGGUUCAACUAGUCAGCCCAAACUGGACGUGUUCCAGGAGCUCCUGAGCAAACACCCCAGUGUCUUUCACCAAUCUCGCACCCCAAAAAGUCUGCUGGUACACUGGCAGCUUCUAAAGCAGUAUUACCUGCUGGAUGACCAGAGUGUCCAGCCUCUACCUAAAGGUGACCAAGUCCUGAACUUCUCUGAUGCUGAGCAGAUGGUUGAUGAUGUAAAGUUAAAGGAGAGCAGAGACGAAGUUUUGGAACAUGAGCUGAUGAUUUCUGAUCGUCACCAGAAAAGGGAGAUCAGACAGUUAGAGCAGGAGCUGCCACGUUGGCAGGUCCUUGUCGACAGUAUCACAGGUAUGAGUAUGCCUGACUUUGACAACCAGACACUGGCGGCGCUACGAGGACGAAUGGUACGCUACCUCAUGAGAUCACGAGAGAUAACGUUGGGCAGGGCGACCAAGGACAAACAGAUAGAUGUAGAUCUGUCACUAGAGGGACCUGCAUGGAAAAUAUCAAGAAAACAAGGAAUUAUUAAACUGAAGAAUAAUGGCGACUUCUUCAUUGCCAAUGAGGGUAGACGACCCAUCUACAUUGACGGCAGACCGGUUCUGUCGGGCAACAAGUGGAAGCUCAACAACAACUCAGUGGUGGAGAUUGCAGGCCUUCGCUUCGUGUUUUUAAUUAACCUGGAACUCAUCUCACUAAUAAAAGCUGAAGCAGCCAAGAUGACACAGCAGUGAAUGUCCGCCAUCCAGCAGGAGAAUCCACAUGAAGGACGUACUGGCAGGUGUAUGGAUCCAGUCUGUCCCUCUGUGUAGAACAGUGGUUAACAGAUGCUCAUUUCUAGCACAGCAGUGCUACCAAGAAUCGGACUGACAAUGGACAUGUUAACAUGACAUCUGAAUUUUAAGGCUGCAUCUAAAUCUUGGAGCAAGAUGGUGUGACAGGUUUAGGUGAUGUUUGGACAUUUUCCAUGUUGUAAUGUAGACACUCUCAUGGUAGAGCCUUGUUUUUCCACUUUUUUCAGAAUAUUGUAUUUAAAUUCUGUAGUAAAGCUUUUUCAAAAUAUUAAACUUGUAUACACAUGA